UUCAAGUCUUCACCCACACUCACUUCACUACACACAUACACCCCCUUUUCUUUUAACAAAGAAAAGAAAAAACACCAAAUUCUUUGCCUUUCUUAUCUCACUGCUUUGCUCUUCCUUCCGAAAAAUGUCCUGAAAAACUUGGGUGACUAAAAUCCAUGGAGUUCGACCUUGAAAACCCACUAACAAUUUCCCAUGAUAUCCACUCUGACUCGGUCACUUCUCUGUUCUCCAUUGAAUCCGAUCACAUGCCAUCUGAGAAUUACUUCCAAACCCUUCAAGCUGGAGACUUUGACAUCUCUGUUCGAAGGGAAGCCAUGGCUUCAAUCUCACAGCUUUGUUGUAACUCUGAUAACUUCUUAUCCUACCUUGCUGUCAAUUAUCUUGAUCGGUUCUUGUCCUGCCAAGGAAAGCUGCAACCGAAGCCUUGGAUCAUCAAGCUCCUUGCAAUCUCCUGCGUUUCUUUAGCUGCCAAGAUGAAGAAAACAGAUUUUUCUCUUCUUGAUUUUCAGAGUGACGGAGGUAUCAUUUUUGAUACUCGAACGAUAGAGAGAACGGAGUUCCUGAUUUUGGGAGCUCUAAAAUGGAGAAUGCGGUCCAUAACUCCCUUCUCUUUCAUUCUCUUCUUCAUUUCUUUGUUCAAGCUUGAAGAUCCUCCGUUGAGGCAAGCUCUCAAAGCCAGAGCUACCCAGAUCAUCCUCAAAGCUCAAAAUGAUAUGAAGCUUUUUGUGUUCAAGCCAUCAAUAAUUGCAGCCUCUGCUCUCCUCUCUGCUUCUCAUGAGUUAUUCCCAAUGCAAUGUCCCUGCUUUAAAAAAGCACUAUCCAACUGUUCCUAUGUAAACAAGAUAACUUUGCUGCAAUGCUACAAUUGUAUGCAAGACAGUGUGGUAGAUGAGUACGAUUCAGUCUUGGAGAUGGUGUCUAGCUCAGUGACACCGGCCAAUGUGUUGGAUCAUACUUUUUCAUGCUCUGCAGACAGUGGAAGAACCACAGUGACCAGCAUUACCACUUUAAAAUUGGAGAGGGACAUCAAGAGGAGGAAAUUUAGUGAAUAUUGUAAAGAUCAUCACCACAGAGUUGUCCAAAUUAAUUUCUCAUCAGAUCCAGCAACACUCGGGCCUAGUUAGAGCUAAUGACAGAGCUCAUCAAUGGUCUCUCCCUCUCCUUGUGAGAGUGACACAAGCUAAUAAGCUCUGCUCCAAUGACAGGGGAAAUGGAGAGGGAAAAACAGAAAAAGAAAAAAAAGUGAUGGGAGAGAACACAGGGGGGGGGGGAAAGUUUCGCUAUACAGAAAAAUUACAGAACGAUGUCCUCAACUGUUGCAACCUUGAUCCUACGUGGAUGAAGUUAAAAGUCGAGAAACCUCUAUAAAGAGAAUGGUUCCAAAUCUUUUUUCAAUAUCUUGAGCGUGUGAUGAAAAUAUGCAAAAUGUAUUUGCAACAAAAUUGGCUCUCUUUGGACAUGCUUGAAUGAAACCAAACCUACCACUGUUGGCUUCAUUUUCUCUAGGGGUGAGCAGAUCGAAGAGAUGAAAAGGAAUGGGGUUUUUUCCGUUUCUCUUGUUUUCUUCCAAUUAUUAUUAUUUGAAGCUGUCU